AUGGAAGUUUAUGCAGUGGAGAAGGCUCAGAGACCCAGUACAAACCCACAAAACCUGGCUCUCGUUCCUGUAGAAGAAUACUGGGAGACUCAAAAUCCAAAAAGGAAGCCAGGGUCAGAGUCAGAUGGCUUUCCAUAUCAGAGGAACUUGGGUUCUUUUUCUGAAGUGAGAAGCUGGAGGAGGGCGCCCUGGUGGGGAGGCCAGGUCGUCUUCCCGCAGCCGGGCAGCAGGGGGCCCCCGGCUCCCCGCUCCGGGCUCGGGGAUCCCCGCUCAGGGCGCCUCCAAGACGCUCCCCGCCCAAGGUCAAACUCGGCAGCCUCGUGCGGGCCGCGUUCCGGGGGUUGGGCGACUCUGGGAAGCGAAGUCGAGCUCUGUGGGCUGGUGGCACAGGCUGUGCGCACAGUGGGGACAGGGAUGUCGGGGGGCCGGGGAUGUGGGUCGCCGGCGGCCGGGGAGGCAGCGCCGCGCCCGGGAGGGGUGGAGAGCGCACGACUGCGGCAGAGCGGGUCGGACGCAGAAGCGGAGACAAGCCGGAGGGCGCCCCGCCCCGACCAAGCAGCGGGAGCCCCCGGCUACCCAGGCCUCCGCCUGUCACCUCCAUCCGCCACCUCCACCGUCUCCUCCCCUUGCUCAGGUCCACUCGGUCCCUCCCCUGGGCCGCCCAAAGCACCAAGUUGGCGGGAGCCUAUAAAAGCCGGACCGUGCGACCCGCGACACAUACUGCAAGACCGCUAG